AACCUUGAUGUCAAUUUGGCUGUCAAUAACUUGUUGAGUAGAGAUGAAGAAGAAGGCGAUGACCAGGAAGAGAGCUCAGAAUAUUUACCAGGCGAUGAUCUGAUGUCUUUACUUGAUGCUGGUGUCCAUGUAGAAGACCCCUCACUAAUUGUCGACCAAGAAGCCAUCUUCCAUGACGACAUGUUUUACAGUAAUCAGUAUAGCACACUUCACCGUCGCACAGCCAGUGGUGGCAGCCGUGGAAGCCGAUCAACAACAGCACCAGAGAGAGAGUCUACUAGUGAUCGUGAAUCUGACAGGCCAAGAGAACGAGAAUCUCUGAGUCGUGAGCAGUUUGAUAGAUGGUGGGGAAAUGUUCAUUUAUGCAGCGGUGAAUCUAGUGGUUCUGGAAGAACUAACAAUAGCUCUGGUCAAGAUAAGUUAGCUGCACCUAGUAGGAAUGGUACUGGUGAUCCUGUAACUGUAGCUGAUCAACUUCAGUGGUGGCCAGUAAUGGAUGGCCAAAGUCCAACUUUCCUCCACAUUGUAUCAAUGUAUUCAGAGCUGAUAGCACUGGGUGUUGAUGGUCGACUAUACCAGUGGCGGUGGAGUGAUUCCCUACCCUACGCUGGUGACGCUAGUGCCCAUGGCUCCCCAGUAUAUCAUCCCAGGGCAAGAUCUUUGGGCUUAGCAGAGGAAAAAAUAGUCUGUAUAUCAGCGUCAUCUAUUAGAGCCUCUGUUUUGACAGAAACAGGAAAGGUUGCUUGUUGGAUUGAUGAACCAUUAUCAUCAGUAGCUAGUAAAUUAGAGCAUUCAGCACAGAGUUUUUCAGAUGUUAUAUCUGAUAAAAUCAUUGCAGUUCACACUUGUGCUUUGUAUACAUGUGCUCAAUCAGCAUCUGGUGCACUAAUGUGGUGGGGUGUGCUACCAUUUCAACAAAGGAAGAAAUUACUGGAGAAAGCAAGGGCCAGAGCACGAAGAAACCGGACAACUUUUACCAGUGGCAUUGUGCCAGGAGCUCAGGUGUGCAUGCGUAGUUGUCCUUUAUACUAUCAUGGUUCUGUUGGAUUCAAUAUUUCAUCUGGUGUACCAAGAGUGGGACAUCUUCUGGAAUCUGCUUGGAAUCUCGAGGAAAAGUGUCGUUUUAGGGUUUCACCACAGUCAGGGGGUGCAACUACCAAACCUGAGAGAACUCCCCCUGAAAAUGAUAUGCCMACCGCUCUAGGACUGAAGCGUAAAAAAGAGUCCAUGUCAGAGACAUCCGACAGGUCUGUUGAGGAAUGGGAGCUCAAAGAUGUUAUAUUUGUAGAAGAUAAACAAAAUAUCCCUGUAGGAAAAGUCCUAAAGGUCGAUGGUGCUUAUGCAAUAGUAAGAUUCCCAUUUAAAAGUGGUACCAGCCAACAGGCUGCCCAAACAGGUGAUACUGUAGAAGAAGUACAACAGUURCUUCAAGAUACUAGAAUACUACGCAAAGAUGAGCUACAGCUUGUCAAGUCAUCRGCUGCUAAUAAGAUACCAGAUUGUAUUCAGCGCACUCCUAAAGUACUUGCCAUACCUGCUGGCUCAAAGGUUAUGUCUGUAGCAGCCAACUGCAUAGGUGUACAUGUUCUUCUCAAGUCUACUAGUGGUGUACGCUAUGCCUUGUAUAGUCUAGCGUCAAGUAAACCUGAGCCAGGGGGGGUAAUGCCUACAGACUGCUCUGCAUUCCUUACUCAGACUGGAACGAAAGAAACUAAACUGCAUGCUACUGGCUGUGAUUCCCUUGUCAUGAUGACAGAUACAAAUGGGACGUUAUUUCCCCUGUGCAGGAAUUUCCUUGGUUCAAUAAAGGACCCAAUUUGGACGGACUUACCACCAUUACAGUGUCUUGGCGUUGGUGUUACAUCUUUACGGCCAGGAACUGAGUGCAAGUCAAAGGCUAUUGUUGUAGUCAUGGCUUUAGAGUCACAAAAGCUGCUCUCUCAUGUGUUGGAUUGUGAUUAUGAAAGAAUUCAAAGCUUUUUGGAGUCAUUUACUGGUGAAAACGCCUUUCCAACAAGUGUUCUUGAAGUCGCCCUCCACGAAARAUGUGACGGCAACAGAAAYAUCCUGCACACAUGUGUAUCCAUGUGCGUCCCUACCUCAGCACACGAGCCGGGGGAACCUGUCAAGCCCUCRACGGGGGGAGGUAGUGCCAGUGGUAGUAAGUUAGAAUCGUUCAAAGGUGUAGUUGAUGCUCUUGCUGCUGCUGUAGCUGCUGCCUCUGCUGCUGUUCGUCAAAGUAGCAGYCUUGCUACUGAAUGCUGCUUGGCUGAUUCCGUUAAUGAAAAUCCAGUCACCUCAGCCCCAACAACUUCUUCCUCUCAGCAAAGCAGUGGGAGCAGCAGUAGCAGGAUUGGUGUGAGAGAAAUGAUGCAGAGAGCUGUCUCUGCUGCCAGGUCAGCUUCAUCUACCCUCGCAGGCCUCGAGUCUGAUGACGAUGCGGCGAUACCUACUCUCCACUGGCCCCCAGACCCCGCCAGUGAAGGUCGCUCAUCGAUAUCACGUGUUACACAGUCUUUAGAUAACACUGAAAACAGCGAAGAGGAUUCGUUGAACCUGAGUUCGUCGAACACCGCUGGUCCAUCACUUGUAGCAGCGGAGGAAAACUUAACAAAACAGGAUAAAGCGCUUCGCUGUCUUAACUUGAUAUGYGAAAGCCCUGUGAUUGCUUCUCACAUCGCCAGACUUAUGUCAGAACGAAACGCUAAUGGUGACACUCCAUUCAUGGCAGCCGUCAAAACACGUGCUUACAAAGCAGGCCUAAGUCUAUUCGCUACAGCUAAACGCCUGGCGACAAAGACCUUGAACGUUGUUGACAAAGAAGUGUUGAUGACCAUGAUAUGCCCGUCUGAUAGCCACGCYGAUGCAUCCCCWCUGCACAUGCUCUGUUGUAACGAUACCUGCUCGUUCACGUGGACUGGAACCGAGCAUAUCAAUCAAGACAUUUUYGAGUGCCGUACAUGUGGGCUGACGGGGUCGCUGUGUUGCUGUACUGAGUGUGCGCGUGUGUGUCAUCGAGGACAUGACUGCAAACUCAAAAGGACUUCUCCRACUGCUUACUGUGACUGCUGGGAAAAGUGCAAAUGCAAAGCUCUAAUACCAGGMCCCCAGCAAGCUCGUUCCCAGCUUCUCACUAAACUCAUUAACGAGACAGACCUGGUAACUAAACCUAAUGCCAAAGGAGAGCAUCUGCUACUGUUUCUAGCCCAGAUGGUAGCCCGACAAACUGUUGAACAAUGUCAGCAUCGGCCCCAUCGUUCGUCUGAUUCUCGCUCAAAAGCGAAGACCAAAACACUGGGAGUGACUGCCACACCGUUACCUGAGCAUGACCUUGAGCCACCUAGAUUUGCUCGUAAGGCACUGGAACAGAUUAUGCAGGACUGGAGGGCUGUUAAGGCUAUGGUUAUGGAUGGAUGUAAGCCAGUCGACCAAGCAAGACGCCCAGGUCAAGAUAGCUACAUGGAUUURAAUUCWACUGCGAUGUUAUCAAACAGCGAACAAGAACGAUACUUAUCAGGUCAAGACAGAGCUGUGCGAUUAGAUGCUUUUACGCAUUGCUUGAUCGCCAAGUGUACAACCGAGGUACUUGAUCAUUUGUUGGGUACGCUAGUACAAGCUGUCAAGAACACCGACGAUUCACAUCACUCUGAAGAGGCCGCCGUUGCUAAGCGUUUCGUGCGCUCCGUUGCUAGGGUAUUUGUUGUCCUGGCGUCUGAAAUGGCACCAGCCACAGGAAAAAGAAAAGCGAGUUUUGUUCAGCCGCUGAUAAAGUGUCGACGAGUAUUCCAAGCUUUGAACUUUCUCGCUAUUCCAGAGCUGGUACAAGCAGCAGACGCCCUUCUCGCUCCAGUCCGACUCGGCAUUUGUCGUCCAGCCCAGCCCUUCUCACUCGUGUCGUCCGCUCUGUCUGCUACUCAAGCAAGUGAAGAAAUCUUCUCGGUGGAACCUUUGCCUUUGAAAGCAGCUACAACGUCGACUAACGAAGGGGAAACCAGCAGCCAUGAAAGACCCACUGGCCAUCGGCAUCGCGGGCAACGACAUAGACGACGUCAAGCACGUUUAGCUGGACAUGACCAUGCACCCCAGGGGGGAGGGGGUGGUGGAUCUAAUGUAGCAGGAGCGAGUGUUGAUAGUGAAAUGGUCGAGGUCGUCGAGUGUGCAGACUCAGAAAUGCAAGAAGAACGAGAGGAGGUUGGAGAAGAGGAAAUAGACAAUGGUGUCCAUGGUAACGAGUCUGACAUGGACCUAGACCUCCUGGCAGAGAGUGAAAGCGACAGUGACGACAGUAACGUUGGCGAAGUAGAAAGCACUGUGCGGCGUAUUCGUGUACCCGGUUCAGUUGUUGGCUCCGAUAGUGCGAGCCUCGGUGAGCACGGAGAGUUCUACUCUGAAGAAGAGUCUUCGACAGGAGAGGAUGACGAGGAAGAGGAAGAAGAAGAAGGAGAUGAGAGGGAAAGGGAUGAGAAUGAAGCCUCGCAACCAGAGGUAGCUGACAACACCAGUCGAAAUACUUCAGCCACCGAACCCCGUACCACCCCCCAUGCGAUGCAGUGGGCCAUACGUACCAACCAACCGCGCAGCACAGCAAGCACUGGUCUGGCCAGCGGACAUUCUCUUGCAGGCUCAGGUUUUAUAUACGUGGAUUCAGCUACCAUCAGGCGUAGCGCUGCUGCUAAUGGUGCGGCGGCAAGCACUACACCACACACUGAAAUCAGCAGCACUAACACUAGCGAAAGAAUGGGCAACUCGAGUAGUGCUCUCGCUAGAGCGUUUGGUAUCGUCGUUAGAGAGAUUACCGAUCUACUUAUCUUCGCACGUGACCCUACGUCAUUGACGAUCAGCACACUCACCCUACCCCCAACGGUACUCCGUGACUAYUGCACCCUUGUUGACGACGGCCUCCAACCAUGCUGGGAUUGGUUACAGACUAUUAUGGACUGCACUGAGUCUCAGCUGAGAUUUGGGUUAUCGUUAUCAUCAGCUACAGAUUCCACCCACCCCUCCCACCCACUCCACGAAGCGCAUCAGAAAACUACAAGYAGAGAUAGACGCACACGCGAGGACGCCGUGUUGUACCGCGCGUGGGAAGGCAAAAAAAGAAGAAGACACACCACUGCAAGUGUCGGUACACCUGAUGCCAGCUGCCAAGACUUUCUUCUCUACCUGCUCUCGUUACUACGAGGGCAAGGCUGUGAACAUGGCGAUACCCUACCAAAACUUGACGUAUCUUCUCUUCGUCAUGUGGCGUACGUCAUGGAUGCACUUAUCUAUUAUCUACGAAACAAUCCUAGUGGUGUGUCUCAUGGUAACAUGUCUAGUGUGGAUACUACAAAAACUACUACACCGGCUGUGGAAACUGUCAACGAUGAAGAAGGUAGUGAAGAUAUCGACGAUGAAGACAGCAGUAGCUUACGUCGUGAUGACGAAUAUGAAGAUGAUACCGAGACAGUAGAAGAUGAACCAAUGCCUACACCAGUAGCCGGUACCUUACAUCAAUUCUUCGUACGUACAGACUCCUCUACAGUACUUGGUUGUGAACCUCCGGACCCAUUUAGUACGCAGAUAGAAGAGGCACUGCCGUUAGCCUGCCAGCCACACCUACUCCACCCCGGGGCACGACGGGAACAGCUGUUUGGGACUGGGUCCGAGAAGAAUUUGUCUAGUAAGGGAAAGGAGUCGACGCGGUCGAUGGCGUUAUCGAGGCCUGAAAUGACUAUACCUAAUAUGGCUCCUCAAGAAGAAGCGGUUACUGAAAUUAAAGAAUCUCUACAGGGAGAGAAAG